AUGGUAUUGCUGCAACACAAGUUAAGAAAAACCGUUUUAGUUGCGUUUUACGUCAUUUACGGAUACAAAAUCUAUAUCUAUACAUCUAUAAAUAAUUCACUCUCUAUUUCCAUAACGACUUCUUCAACUUCAAAUACCACAACUUCUCCUCCUCCUCUUCUUCCUUUUUCUUUCAUGUCUUCUUUUUCCGACCAAAUUCCGGCAGCCCGAACAACCACCGGACUCGCCGCCCGGAUCUCCGACAGAAUCAGCUCCGGCGUACCUAAAUUCAAAUCCCUCCCACCACCUUCACUGCCCAUCUCCCCGCCGGCCGUCUCGCCGUCUUCUUACUUUGCUAUUCCGGCCGGUUUGUCUCCGGCUGAGCUUCUUGACUCCCCUGUUCUUCUUUCUUCUUCUAAUAUUUUUCCAUCUCCAACAACUGGUUCUUUCCCAUUUAAUGGAUUUAAUUGGAAGAGUUUAAACAAUAAUAUUCAAAACCAAGAACAGAACAUCAAAAAGGAGCAUAAAAGCUUCUUAGAUUUCUCUUUUCAACCACAGUUAAAUCAAUCCACUGAGCAACCAAUAUGGAACAAUCAGAAACCAAAAGACCAUCAAGAUUCGAAAUCUUUAGGGCAAUCAGAUCAUGAAUAUCCAUCUCAAGUUCAAAGCUUUUCACCUGAAAUCUCAACAAUACAAACAGAAUCCAACUCACAAACACAAAGUUUACAAUCAGGUUAUACAAAUAAUAGUAACAAUACUAAUUACAACAAUCAGACACUGAAUAAGAAAUCAGAAGAUGGAUAUAACUGGAGAAAAUAUGGGCAAAAACAAGUGAAAGGAAGUGAGAAUCCUAGAAGUUAUUAUAAGUGUACUUAUCUGAAUUGUUCGAUGAAAAAGAAACUUGAGACUAAUUUAGAUGGACAGAUUACUGAGAUUGUUUAUAAGGGUAAUCAUAAUCAUCCUAAACCUCAAUCUACUCGAAGAUCAUCCACAUCUAAUUCACUGGGUUCGAAUAAUUUACAAAUGAGUUUGGUUUCGAAUAAUAAUAAUGAUCAUGAACUAGUUCAUGAUUACCCUGAGCAGUCUUAUGUUUCUAAUGGUUCUGGGCAGUUUGAUUCUGUUGCUACACCGGAGAACUCGUCUGUUGGAGACGAUGAGUUUGACCGAAGUAGGAGCAGAUCAGGUGGGGAUGAUCUUGAUGAAGAUGAGCAGCCUGAAGCCAAAAGAUGGAAAGCAUCAGAAAACGAAGGUAUAUCGAUGAUUGGAGGAACUAGGACAGUACGAGAACCCAGGGUUGUGGUUCAAACCACGAGUGAUAUUGAUAUACUUGAUGACGGAUACAGAUGGAGAAAAUACGGGCAAAAGGUUGUCAAGGGGAACCCUAAUCCAAGGAGUUACUAUAAAUGUACGAGUCUUGGUUGUUCCGUAAGGAAACACGUUGAGCGCGCGUCUCAAGACUUGAGGUCUGUGAUAACUACUUACGAAGGAAAACACAACCAUGAUGUCCCAAUGCCUCGUGGCUCUGGCCAUCGGUUGCAGCCCACCAAUAAUAGCAACAAUGUGCCCACUAUGGCCAUUAAGCCUUUGGCCAUGUCGCAUUACCAACCUAACAAUCAUAUGGCAGACCAGGGGUUUAGGUUCUCUCCAUCAUUAGAUAAUCAAGCACCAUUUACAUUAGAAAUGUUGCAAAAUCCUGGAAGUUUCAAAUUCUCACGAUUCGAAAAUGCCUUAAAAUCCAACUACAUUGAUCAACAACACGAUUCAGAUAGAGCGUUCACCGGAACCAAAGAGGAACCCCGUGACGACAUGUUCUUGGAGUCAUUACUAUUCUAAAGUUCUUCCUAGCUAGCAAGGGUUAAUCAUCUCCCUAAAUACUUAAAAGGCUUAGAUAGAGUAUACAAGAAAAAUUCUUUGGUUGUUUUAUUGCCAUUUUGAUUGUUGUGUGUAUAUUUUUUUUCACCAUAUGCAUAUAUGUAUAUUUUUGGUAUAAAAAAAAUCAUAUAGGGAAGCUAAUUACUCUCUUUUUACCUCAUUGUUUCGAGACAUCUUACGAUGUAAAAGUCUCAUGUAUCACGUAUGAUGGGGGUGUGUUGUAAACUUGUAAUUUUGUUUAUUGUAAAUCGGAUAUAUAAAGAAUCAUUUAUUUCA